UUUGCAGGAGCGGACUGGGAGAUGAGGCGCCUCCUCGAAAGAGUUAUUUGAAGGAGUCUGCAUCUGGGUGACUAUGCACAGUACGGAAAAUGGUGCCGAAUCCGGAGGGGAUCAAGCAUCGACCGCCAGAACAACCAUAUCUGUGUCCAGCGGAGCAACACCAGUGUCAGUCUCCACGACGCCGAACACUCUAUCGACGACGGGCGCUGGAGCCCGAGAGUGUGCCGGAUGCGGCAAAAGAAUCGGUGACAGGUUCCUUCUCAAGGCUCUUGAUCUCUUCUGGCAUGAGGACUGUCUCAAGUGCGGUUGUUGUGACUGCCGACUCGGAGAAGUCGGUUCCACCCUGUAUACUAAAGCUAAUCUUAUACUAUGUAAAAGAGACUAUCUUAGGUUAUUUGGUACGACGGGAUAUUGUGCUGCCUGCAACAAAGUUAUACCUGCUUUUGAAAUGGUAAUGCGGGCAAAAAACAAUGUCUACCACUUGGAAUGUUUUGCAUGUCAGCAAUGCAAUCACAGGUUUUGCGUUGGUGAUCGAUUCUACCUGUGCGAAAAUAAAAUUCUAUGUGAAUAUGACUAUGAAGAGCGGUUAGUGUUUGCCAAUAUGGCCUACAACCCAAGCAGCUUAGCCCAUAUCAGAAGGCAAGUCAGUAACUUACAGCCACCGGCAGGAGACAACCCAACCGCCCUCAAUGGUAGAAUUGUGAACAGCCCGUCCUGUUACAGCGAGAAGAAUUUGGACAUGGCGCUGCCUCCAGGCCCACAGCGGCUGCCCACUAGCCUCGGAGAGGCCCACUUCCCUCCCAGUCACCGAGGAGAGGCUAAUCUCACCCCCAAUCACCGGGGAGACGACGGAUCCAGCGGUUACGGCAGCCCCGAUUCCGAAACGUUCGAGCCCCUUCUUCAGCAUCAGUGACGGAUGCUGUCCACCGCUGCCCACUCUAGAGGAAGGCCGCCCCUCCACAAGCGCAUGCCCAAAGGGAGGACGAACAAUACCUAACCCAGGUUUAUGAUUUAUGUGAGGUCAUCUUCGGAUUUGAUUGUUUGUUGAAGGUGUAGGUGUUGAAGUAUCGGAGAAAACUUUUUUUUUUUCAUAGAUCGUCAAUAUUGUAUUUAAUAAUGUGAUGAUAUGGAUGUUUUAGGUUAUGAGGUAUUUACCAAUAUUUCACGAACGAUGUCAAUAUUAUAUUCAGACAUACAGGGUAACUGUGUCGAUAAAUAUUGCAAAAAGUAUGAAGUAAGGCAAUUGCCAAGAAAAUCAUAGGAAAUUUCUAUAGUCCAAGCUUAAAACAACAUUUAUAUUCUAUCUAAAACUCCUUUCGCAACAAUGACUGCAAUCUCAAUAAAAACACUUUUUUCAAAUCAUACUCGGGCAGGGGCUGCAUAUUUUUCUGUCCAAGAUAAGGAGGACCUGCAAUGAAAAAUCGGAAACCUUGAGAGACAUAAAGUCGGACUUUUUAAAAUUUAUAAAAUUCCGAUUGAUUCUUGGGAUAUUCGAAAAUAACGGAAAUUCGCUGAUUUCGUUUAUUUCUGAUGUCAUUGAAGAUGAUAUUGAAAGACAAAAAAACGCGUUCUCAUUGCCGCUUUUCAAGCUGUUCAAGAUGGCUUUCACAGAGUUUCAAUCCGACGUUUCGUCUUCGAUAAACCAUCACAAAUUCUGUAUCACACAUAAUCAAAAUUGCCUUAAUUUCAAAACGUUACUUGAAAAAGCUCCAAAAUUAGCCAAUUUUCAAUUUAACUGACUUACGAUUGCCGAUUUUCCCAAGCUGGCUCUUCUUAUCUUGGACACACUGUAUAUUUUCUGGAUGCCAAGGCGGUCACCAUGAUGGACGUGCUUUCUUUACAUUUUCAAGUCUCAACAUUUCCGAAAAGCAGGUAGUGGGGUGAGUGCGAGCUUGAAAAGAAUCAUUUUAUCAUUGUAGCGUGACGAAAUAAGAACUCGUUCUAAAAUCGUUCAGUUAGCUUUGAAAAAUACGAAAUUGUCACGUGAGAAUGAUUACAAGAAAGAAAAAAAUGUUUUGGAAAAUGAGAGAUAUUCCAAAUCAGAUUCAUUAUUUUCAGAUGAUGACGAUAAUGAGAUGAUGACUAUUUUAAUGACUACUCGGAUUCUUCCUUUGAUUCAAUGUUUUACUGUCUGGAGAAGAAGAUUAAGCAAGCAGUGCUGACCCGGAUUGUGAAUCACUAGAAAGAGGUAAAAACAAUUAUUUUGGAAGAAGUUGGUGAUAAAAGUCCUGUUACAGAACAGAAACAACAGCAAAAAUGAAAAUAUUUUUGAAGAAGGAAUGAUUGAGAUUUUGGGAGUUGAACCAGAUGGUAAUGCGGUUAGCGCAAACAGAACUGAAGUUGUAGAAUAACAUAAAAAGAACCUGUUAUAAAUCAUCAAGCAUUUGAGUAUUUUGUGGAAGCUAGCGCACUCAUGAAUGAUUCAUCUCCAUACAACUGUCUUUGUAUUUGUCUUGAUGAUGAAACCAUCGAUGAAAUGGUGGAUGAAACAAAAUUGUAUGCCAUUCAGAUUAUAUUAGCAAACAAUUGAGACUGCACAAUUGGGUUGCAAUAGAAAAUGCUGAAGUUUAUAGGAAUUGUGUGGCAUAUAAGGGUUCAAGUAAAAUGUCAACGAUUGAAAAAUAUUGUAGCAACGGCCAUUUGUACAAGAAUUAUAUCAUUUCCAAGAUUUCUCUGACAAUCAGAAAUAUCCCUCUUGCGAUUGGUUACAUAAAGUAAAACAUAAUUGAUGAACAAGUUUCCAGCCGUAUCUGUAUCUGUAAAGUAGGGAAGGUGAGUGUGAGCCCACAGCACUUAGGCCACAUGUGA